AACAGGCAACUUUUGUCAUGAGGAGCUUUUCUAGUUUUCAUUUAAAAUCAUUAACUUACAAUACAUUACUAUAAUACAUUAAUUAAAACUGAUCAUUAGGUAUUUUGGAGGAGAAAACAUGGUUGUCUGAAUGUGUCAAGUGUGUGUAGGACUUCACAAAGUUUCCUCGUUGAACCCACCCCUUUAUGAACAGACAUAAAUGGAACAGAAACAUUGUGAUUUCAUUCUCUUCCUGACACAUGAUGGAUCUGCGAGUCUCUGUCGUUCUUUUCAUUUUUCUCACUGGAGGAUAUUCUCUGAGGUGUUACACGUGCCACUCUGAUUCAAUGGGUCACUGUAACGCAAAUGAGAAAACAUGUUCAGAUGGAUUUUCUAAAUGUGAAACCCGUACAGCGGAAAUAUGUACAACUGAUUGCUCUAAGAGUACCUAUACAACUAAAUCGUGUGUAGCUCAAUGUAACAAGGCGCCAGGAGUGACUGUUGUCCACUGCUGUGACACUGAUCUCUGCAAUGCAGCAGAUGGAGUGUAUAAGGGAAGCUUCCUCCUGCUCUUCUCUCCUCUGCUCUUCUACUUCCUGUUUCAGUGAGUCCAGAUUCAAGACUUCAGAUUCUACAGCAAAAACCAGUGAAUAUGAGACACAUUCUGAUGCAUUACUAUAUCUUUACUGAAUAAAGCUUGUUUGUUGCUCUGCUGUUCUUUGUAUCAUGAAUCGAAGAACUCAAAAAUAUGCAUUUUAAUAAACAAAUAUGAAACAA